CUACGACGUUCCAGUGCCAUGGACGCGUACGACGGUGCCGAAGGUUCGAGUGAAGAUCCGGAGGUCCGGCAGGCAUUUUCUGACAGCAUCCUCCACAUUCUGAGGCCACUCUCGGUACUCGAGAUGUUGCCCGGGACGAGUCCCCACCCAGACGGGGAUUCUAGUUCCUCGCGGAGCGCACUCUCGGAGCCUUUUUCUGACCUGGAUGACUCCUACAUACUGCUGGAUCAACGGAAAAAGACACCCGGAAAAGACGACGGGGACGACAUGAUGCUCCUGAAUCAGUUCACUUCCGAAUUCCGGCAAGUUUAUGACCAGCUCACUGCGGAGCAUGAUGAACAGGAAGAUGCAGACUUGCCGUCAGAGGAACUGCACCAAGAUGGCAGAACCACGCUGGAGAGUGGACUCGAGGACUCGAACGGUUUUAGCCCCACGUUCCAGGGUUUCAUCGACGAGAUGUUGCACAAGUGCGAUCUCAAGUAUCACCUGGAGGAGCGCAAAAAGCAGCACGAUCUGCACCGUCGUCGGCAUCGAAGGGUGCGCAAAGUUGGACCACCGCCUACGACGAAGGACUCGCUUGAACCGGCCGAAAGGGACUCGCUGUCUGGCGUGUGGCGAAUGCUCGACGCCGUGUCCGAACCGAACGGAUUUCCCAUCACCGAGGGUCAGUACGAUCUGUACGAGGACGAACGGUUCGAGUGGUUGCUGCGUGAGAAGAUUCCGUGGCCGCGGUUAGAAGUGUCGCGGAAAAAGUGCGAACAGUGGCUCAAGAUGGGACCCUCCGCUGCGAAGGUACCCGAUGAGAAGCGAUCCCGGCAAUCUCAGCGACCGUCCGGUCAUCGGCAAUGGUGA